AUGAGAAUUGAUGAACAAAGUGGUAAAAUAAUUUAUUUGAAAUUUAAAACAUUUGGAUGCGGUUCUACUAUGGCAUCUUCGAAUUUUAUGACAGAACAUGGAGAAGCAGAUGGUAAUAGUAUUGAGGACGUGGAUGAAGAUGAAGAAAUGGUUCAAGAUAAUACCCACGAUAAUCCCAGUAACAGUCAUAAUAAUCUUAAUAAUAGUCAUAAUAAUGACAGUGAUAGCGAUGAUGAAAUCCAUUUAGUGUUAUAA